AUGGCCUUUUAUACUCCUCCUCCUUCGCUACCUAGAACUCCUCCUUCCACCUACAUCCACUCGCAGAUGCCCACCUCCUCGUCCUGGUCCGUCUGGCGGCCGUCAAAACUCCAGGCCCCCAUUACCCCGCCAAUGACCACGACUUUCGAGCAGCGCAAGAUGCACCAACCACAAGUCAGAGUGACCACAACCCUACCUCCAAUUACGCACUUUGAUAGACAUUUGCCGCCUCUCACUCCACCGGACGAGGAAAUGUCAUCUUCAUCAUCUUCUUCCGACUCGUCUUCGAGACUACCUCCGAUACACCAUUACACACCGCCAGAGCCUGACUACUCGCACAGCUCGAAAGCGUUCACCCCGCCAGACGCACCGUACUUUGUCGACUGGCUGGACGUUGCGCGGACGCGACCUGCUCAUUUCAUCGCGGAGAAGACUUGCGAAAUGAUCUGCUACCUCUGGUUCUCAACGCAAUCCUCCCCCUCUUCGUCUUCUUCGUAUCCAUCGCCGAAUUCCAGCAAUUCGCCGCUGAUAGCUCGACCUAAUCCUGUCACGUCUACUUUGCAAUUAAACGCCACCCGGACGUUCGUUUCUUUCAUGCAGAAGCUUCUCGAAACGACUCAAGUGUCGCAGUCAGUUAUCGUAUUGUCACUACACUACAUCUACCGCUUGAAAGAGUGUAAUCAGUUCACCGCGGGACAGGCUGGGAGUGAGUUCAGAAUAGCUGUCGCCGCACUCAUGAUGGCAAACAAGUUCCUGGACGAUAAUACCUAUACGAACAAGACAUGGUCAGAAGUAUCUGGUAUUGAUCUAGCAGAGAUUAACAAGAUGGAGAGGGAGUUCCUCCUUGGGGUAGACUUCAAUCUAUACGUCGACAAGUCAACCUUCGCUUCGUGGCUCAAUCUGCUCAAGGGCUUGGUUAUGGCGAAAGAGAGGGACAGUCGCCAGUGGCGCAAGUCACGUGGACCAGCAAGGCUUAAUCGGGCAGCUGCACACCCACCUUCGACGACUGGACCAGCGACCCGCACGUACACUUCGACGCGGCAUCGUUCGGCUCAUCGAGCGCGCUCGACAUCCCCUUCGCGGAACGUCCCCUACUCCUCUUACCCAUCACAGCAAGCGCCCUCGUACCAUUAUCCUUCGGCUAACCCCGAUGCCUCUUCACCUCCUACCAAAUCGGGUUCAAAACGUUCAGCGGCGGCCGCAUUCUCCCCAACCUCUGCAACUUUCUCCCAGCUGCCCUCAAAGAGACCGAUGGGGCCCAUUUCUUUGCGCAUCCCUGAGCACCGCGUCGUGAGCACGCCAAGUCAUUCUCCACUAGAAGGAUUGCAGUCCUUUGCGAAAAUGUCACUCGCUUCUGCGUCGUCCCCUCUUGCCCCACAGCCGACCGCACGCAGAGCUGCCAAUGACUCUGCCCAUAAUUCCUCUUGGGAUGGGGCGACCUCGUCCAGGGGUACUUCGCCAUCCACCUUAUCUGCGGCUUAUGCCGUAGACGAGUCUCGACGGUCUUCGGCACCUCAGAGUCUCUACUUCUACACCCUUUCGUGCUCGCCCCUUGCUGAGGAAGAGGAAUCACGCUGGCGCAAGGCUCGCUUACGCUACCAUCAACCACCCCCGCCUGCACCCACCUCGUAUUACUAUCCUACCCAACCCGUUAGGCCGCUUGAUGUUCAGUCGGCUUCCGCGAGUCCUCACGAGCAUCACAUGCCUUCUGCUCCGCCUAUGACCACUCUCCCCCACUUCAGCGAAACCGCGUGGACACGGCAACCACCGCGAUACCACCACAUAUCUCCUGCAGCAACGCCAGCUCAUCGCCCAUACGAGCAAGAGCCUGCCCUCCACCACCAACAGCCUCAACCCCAUGAACAUCCCCAUGAACAUCCCCAUCACCCCCAUCACCAUCACCAUCAACCCCAGCAAAAUCCGCCUUUCCAACCUAGGCGAUCUCAGCCGGAAGAGUACGACGAAAGGAGUCCAAUUCCCUCGGCUCCUUUUGCGAACGCUGGUCCCCCCGGCGUUCAUUUCUAUCCGACCCCCGUGCAGCAGCAACAACGGGUUAAUCCGAACUAUGUGCCACAAGGGGCCAACUGGACGAGAGGAAGACAAUAUUAG